AUGGAAGAAAGAUCAAAAAGAUGGCAGCUAAUUGCCUCUGAGACAACUUUUGCCAACAGGUUUGCUCCUUUCAAUGAUGCCAACAGAUUUCCUGCACAAUCUCAUAAGCUUCCUAUUGCUAUGCUUCACACUGGAUUUGCUGGUCUAAUUCCAAGAGGAAGUGAGGAUAUGGCAUUCAUAGACCUCAUUUGCAUGUGUCACAUGGCUUUUAUGGCUGAGUUCUCUCUUCUGGUCAGUCCUCAAGAACAUAGAAGUUUUCAUGCAUUGUACGAGAAUCAGAAAACCUAUAACGAGGCUGCUCGUGGACCUGGAUCGAUUCCUGAUGAAGAUAGGAUCAUUUACCUUCUGGCUUUUGGGUUGUUGUCUUCUGAUAGUCUUGAUAAGAUGUUGGCAGUUGCUGCAAGGGUUUCAUCUUUGAUUGGAAGGCAAGAAGCAAGUGUUACAAUAGACAGCUUCACAAUCGUUGAAGGACAUGUCAAGAUUGUAGGAGAUGAUGCUAAGCCGCAGGAGCUAUUGACCUUAGCCAAGAAGAUAGCUGAUGCUUCAAGUUCAAUGAGGUCUCAGUCUCAGGUUACUGCUGUUGACUCCUUAGAUGGAGUUUGA